CGUCAUCGUAAUCACGCAACCACAAGUUCUCGUUUGCGUCUCUCUUUCCCUUUUGGUUAGUUUAGUUGGAAAUAUGGCGUACGGUAGUGUUGUCAACUUUAUCGUCGCGCAAGCUGCCGAAAAUGUGAGCGAAACGGCAGCAAAUGCCACCACAAAACCUCCAAGUACCCCCGAGGGUAUCGCUGUAGCGUAUGGAAGUCUCGUAAUAAUGGCUCUCUUGCCCAUAUUUUUUGGAUCAUACCGUUCAGCUUGUGUCCAUAAGGAACAGAAACACGAAACGAUGACAACAAGGGACGCUGCGAUGUUCCCAAUAAUGGCUUCGAUCGCAUUAUUCGGUCUAUACAUAAUAUUCAAGCUAUUCUCUAAGGAACACAUUAAUUUAUUAUUGACGGGGUACUUCUUUUUCUUAGGCGUUUUGGCACUAACGCAAGUACUUAGCCCAAUUGUAAGCAAAUUAGUACCCGCAGCCGUUCCCAACAUAAAGUAUCACAUUUUAUUUACACAAGGAGAGGACGAUAACAAACAAGACAUUAUUAAUUACAAAUUUACCUCGCACGAUAUUGUUGCACUUAUUUGUUGUCUAGGAGUCGGAGCGUGGUAUUUGAUCCAAAAACAUUGGGUGGCAAACAACUUGUUUGGUUUGGCAUUUGCCGUAAACGCGGUGGAGCUCCUACGACUAAAUAACGUUGUGACUGGCUGUAUUCUUCUUUCUGGACUCUUUAUAUAUGACAUAUUCUGGGUGUUUGGGACAGAUGUGAUGGUCACUGUUGCUAAGAGUUUCGAAGCGCCUAUUAAAUUGGUAUUUCCACAAGAUUUGCUGACACACGGGUUCGCUGCAAAUAAUUUCGCCAUGCUAGGCUUAGGAGACAUCGUGGUUCCUGGAAUUUUUAUUGCGCUACUUUUAAGAUUCGAUCAUAGUCUAAACAGGCAAUCCAAACUGUACUUCCAUGCAACCUUCGUUGCAUAUUUCUUGGGGUUGAUGACUACUAUUCUCGUCAUGCAUGUAUUUAAACAUGCUCAACCAGCCUUACUUUACUUAGUCCCAGCGUGUCUGGGUACUCCGUUAGCUGUAGCAUUAGUAAAAGGAGAUUUGACUGCGCUUUUCAAAUACGAGGACAGUAGUAAUGAAGAAGAAGAAUCGAAGAAAGAUGAAAAACAAACUAAACCGGCUGAAUCCAAAAAAGUUAAAUAGACUUCCUAUACUUGAAAUCUUCCUCAAAUUAUUAUAUGAUUAAAUCAUAAUUACCUAUAUCUCGCACAAUGUACAUUAUUUUGUUAUGAUUGAUUUUUAAAAUAUAUACAAGAACCCUG